AUGGAGGAAGAUAAUAUGGCUUUGAUUGGAACUUAUCUGCCUCCUCCGCCGUACAGCCCUCACCCGAAGCCCGCAACCUAUGCGUGCCAGACAUCUCUUCAACAACCUGCUCUUAUAAGAGUUCUCCCAAUGUGUUGCCCACUUACCCACCAUUUCUUGGACAUCCACAUUUUGUACCUUCCUUUUAUCCGCCACCGAUGCCUGCUCCACCCGGUCAUCCACUCUUUCUUCAGCCCGUACACACCCCCUUCCCGACAAGCUCACACCUUCCUGAGAAUUACUACUGUGCUGAACAUAGGAUGGCGGGAAGAUAUCAGAACAGCGAGAUCUAUAGAAGUUGAAGAAGUUAAAGAUGUGCUUGAGAACGUUAGGCACUAUAAGUCGUAUGCUUUUUUUCGCAACAGUUUGCGCUCAAAAAGUCCCUUAAGAAAAAGAAGCAGGCAUCGCACGGAUGAGAAACACUCAGCUAGAGAGAAAAGACGUCAUCGGUAUGAUUAUAGCUGCGAUGAAGAUGAUUAUCGCAACUCAAAAUCUGUACGUCGUAAACACAAAAAUGAUUUAAGAUCUCGCAGAAGAUCUAGGUCUAAAUGUCUCCCUAGAUCUAAAAAAAAUUACGAAAGUUCAAGGAGCGAAAGUUAUGACAGUGAUGACAUAAUAAAGGUAAACAAUGGGGUAGAUAUAAAUACUUUAAGAAAAGAAAAGAGGUCAUGUCGCGAUGAAGAUAUUAAAGACACUGCCAAAGAAGAUGUGUCGUCUUCCAAGCAACUUAACGAUGAUGAAAAACAAACCAGGAGCCCACCCAGAAGCAGUAGUUUAAGAAGAAAAGCACAAUCAAUGCAAAAAAGGAUACCUAAGUGGUCAUGGGGACAAGAAUCACCCAAUAGGAAUCUUGUGCCCGAGUGGUUAGCGUGUCCGUCUACUACUCCCAAGACCCUGGUUCAAAUCCUGCAGUUUCUGCAGGAAUUUGUUGAAAGUCAGAAAAAUGCAUUUCAUAAAUAUUUCUUAGUAAAUAGCGAUAUCGAGUUACCUGUGCCAUCAACAUCUUCUUUUGAACCUUGUCACAGACCAAUAAGUGUUGAAAAAAGGGAAGAAGAAGGAGAAAGUGAACAUCAGGUUGAUGAAAAAAAUAGUGAGAUAACAGAAGACAGAGAAAAUCCAGAUAAAUUGUAUAAUAAGAAAAAUGAAGAAAUUAAUGAUAUAGCCUUAUGGCCAGAUGAAAAACCUAUCACUAUAGUUGAAGCAACAUCACUACUUAAAAAAAUGAAUAAAUACGAAACCGCUCUUAUGACUGUUAUUUGGAAUUGUAUCCUGCAAAGAAUAAAUUCUACCAACAGUUUUAUUGAGAAUUUCAGAAAUGAUUAUGAAAAAGUUAUGACAGAAGCAAUCGAUUUAUCAGGAUUACAAUCUUUUAGUGAGGAAGAUGAAGUAACUUUUAACAGAAGAAAAAGAAAUGCGUUUUUUGAUGAAAAUAAAGAAGAGUAUAAAUUUACAACUAGAGAUAAUUUUAAAAUCAAUACAUUUCAUGUCGUAUGCGAUAGUAUUAAAACACAAUUUCUACAAAGAGUUCAAAAAUAUAAGGAAAAUGAGGACGCCAUUAAGAAUAAGCCAGAUAACUCAAGUAAUAACAAAGAUUUAUCAUUUGAGAGAAUCUAUAAAGCCACUAAAGAAAUGUCAUGCACAUUUCCCAAUAUUGAAAUAUUAUUGAAAAUUUUUUUAACUAUUCCUUUAUCUAAUGCAUCUGGUGAAAGAUCUUUUUCUGUUUUGAAAAGAAUUAAAAAUUAUUUGAGGAGUACCAUGGGGGAACAAAAAUUAAAUAAUUUAGCUGUUCUGUAUAUAGAACAAGAAAUAAUGAAUAGUGUUGACACUGCCAAAAUUAUUGAUGAAUUUGCAAGAAGUAAAGCUAGGGAGAAAUUUAUUUGA